UCUCCAUAUUGUCAUCCCUACUCCAUCAUUUCCAUCUCUCUUGCUUCUUUCAGCUUUAUGAUCAUCUCUUAACAGCUGAUGGAAAUAGUCAAUUCUUCUUGCUGAGAAAAGAAGGUGAUCUGCUCACCUGCUUUGACUACUUUGCACUUAGUCAGCAUUCCGCUUUCAGUCGUCCGCAAUUUUACUCAGAUUGCAAUCACUUCCGACAAUCACAUCUUUGCUGGCAAUCGUGUGUGAUCAAGCUGAAAAUGGUUGUUUCUCGUCCAGUAUCGAUGUGUGGUGGAUCAAGUGUUCCUUCCCAUACAUCCAAUCCUGGCAUAACACAUAAUCGCACGACAUCAACCAUCGCUCUCCAGAAUUCAUCUGGUCAAACGCAUCAUCAAUCACAAACAAAUUUCAAUAUGAAGACGGCACCAGGAACGGGAUCAAAUAGCGCGCAAAGUACUCCUAAUUUAGGAGGCUUAGCCCAAUUAUCUUCCGCAACAUCUUCUUCACAUCAUUCAGGCAAUUACUUCAUUUCCAAUUCAAAUUCCGCUUCUAAUGCGAAUUCAUCUGCAUAUAAUUCAGCGGCGGCGGCGGCACCUUCGCCUUCAUUGAUGUCCAAUGCAAGUACAGGAGCAGCAUCAGGAGCACAACAACCACAACAAAGUGGUGGACCGGCGUUCAAUACUGAAUUACGAGCACAAUUACGAAGGGAAAGGGAGGCCACACGUGAAAAGAGUCGUGAAAAGUUAAACGGUCAUUCGAGUGGACAAAACAUGAGCAAUUGUGUUGGCAAUUCAACUCAACAACAAAGUCACUCUCUUCCUCAACAGCAGCAAAAUCCUGCAACGUCUGGACGUGAUCGAAGUUCUUCGUCUGUGGGAAGUGGAGUUGUUCCUUCGAAUGCACAAACACAUUCGUCCAAUGAACGAAAGAUCAGUCCAAAAAUGAAUACCAAACCACAUCAUCCAGGUCACAUUCCUUCUUCACAUUCUUUGCAAAAUUUGCAUUCUGCCCAUCAAACACAGUCUUCCAAUCGUCAUUUUGCACAUCAUCGUGGACCGGGCAAUCAACGAAAUGCAACAGGCGUGCAUGUUGAAUCUCGGUCAAAUUCAAUAGGCCAUAUUGACCCACAUUUCAUGCAUAAUACACCGGAGCUUGCUACGUCGAAUGAAGGCAUAUCUUCUUUGCGAGGCAUACAAGAUCUUAUUGCACGUAUUCCAAGUCCUCCAGGACCAAAUGACGAUAGAUCCUCUCAGCAAGUUGAUGAGACAACCAGAUUCGUUCAGCAGUACUAUGCUUUGCUUGAGAAAUGUCAAAGUUGGCAGAGGUACGCAACGAACAUGAAGGCAAGGUCAGACAAUCUCGAAAUAGAAAAUCGCUAUCUUCGUGAGACGAAUCGUAAACAUGAAGAGGAUGUUAGGGCUCUGGAGUUACAGCUAAGAGGCUUGAAAGAAACGGCAAUGAUGCUCGAAGAUGAAAGGAGACGAACAGAAGAUCGUCACGAGCGAUACAUGAAGCCGACUCUUCGUCAUCCAUCCUCUCAACCAAUCAGAAGGCCGCACGAGGUAUUGAGCUCUGCUGCAAACAGCAUUCCCUCUCCUCCUCCUUUGACAGAUAGCCACAGCAAUCAAUACAGCGACGAUCGGAAUCUUCCUCAUCACUUACACUCAGAAUCUUCUUCUGAUAUCCGUCAUUCGGAAGGCAGUCUGGAUCAACGUCCUCCCACUUCGCUUUCAAUUCUUUCUAUGCCUUCUUCUUUACGUAAUGCAGUACAACACUUUGACUCUCGGGGCGAUGCAUUGACUCGAUUUCGAAACCCGUCUUAUGAUCAAUAUGAGCAGUAUGAAAAGUUGAACAAUCCUUCACGGAACGAUGCCACUCGCACGCAUACAACUCGUCAUGAACGCAAUGAUAGCAACAUGAACGAAAUACUUGCACAGGAUGCUCGUAAUCGUGAUGCUGCAGCAAAUAUGCAUGAAGCUUAUCAUGCUGCCCAAGGAUCUCUUUUGGCACCCAGUGCAAGACAUGGAGGACUGGGCUUGUCUGAAUCGCACAGCUUUCCACCAAGCGAGGUUGUCAAUUCAAAAGCAUUGGUGAUUCAAUCAUUAGCAAACACACAUAGAGACAAGAAAGAAGCGACAAAGAUGAACAGAUUACCAUCUAGCAGCUCAGCACCAAUGCUAAGGCCCGCUAACCCCGCAUCUGGGACAGAGCAACAAGGUCCUUCUCCUCCAAAGCCAGUUCUACGCCAUCAAAAUAGUGAAAGCGCAGCGGUAGGGAUGGUGAACCAGAGCAAGCCAUCUGCUACCUCCAAGCGUAAUGCUUCGCAUGAGAACGCAGACUCUUUGCAAGGUCUUGGUGUUCGUGGUUUAUUGAAAGCGCCCGCUUCUGGUGAUGGCAGAUUAUCAACUGUUCCUGGAAGUCGUUGUGGAAGUGUACAAAGCGAUGCUAUGACCGUGACUGAAGAAUAUUUGCAAGGUGUGGUUGAACAGAAACGACAAUUACGCAAAAUUAGUCUAAGCCAACAACAACAAUUGCACUUUUUGCAGGCAAGGGUGCAUAUGGACAACGCAACUUCAGCUUUGCAAGAUGGUUCAUCAAGUAAUGACAAGGAGAACAUACAUCCUUCUGACUUGAUGAGUGCACCAAUGUCAGGUCGAGGCAGUAGGCCAAGUUCUAGGAUGAGCAACAACGGAGUUCGAGGUAGAGCGAGAAGCCGUGCUGGCAGUCAUUCCUUGCAUGAUGCAAUUCCAAUCGAUAAGGAUGAUGUGUUUAGCAAUCAAGGUGAAGAGGUCAAAGAAAAAACUGACAAAGUUCCACGACAAACGAUCAGAAGGACAGGCUCUGCACCUCUCGGUCAAGUGACGUUGAAUGGGACACGAAGCGGUGCAAUGUCUGCGUUGGAGUUACGCAAUACCGUUGAACCAAGCGAUAGCGAUGCUAGUCUUGAUUUGGAGGAAGAACGUGAACGAAUGCAAGGCAUCAAUAAUGCAAAUUUUGCUGCCACGAAUGCAGUAUCGCCGGUAAGCAAUGAGGCGGUGCUAAAUGGUGCAAGUGAUGCUGUGACAUUAGCAGCAACAGAAGAAUCUGAUAACGAUCCAAAAGGCGCACAUAGAAGGUUGUAUAUGCGUUUACGAGAUGAAUUGACAACGGAAGAAUUGGUAAAGUUUGAACGAUACGUACAUCGAUAUGAUGCAUUGGAUCUCGAAAUGGAUGGAGCAAAAGGCAUAAUUAAUCGAGUCAGACGACUUUUGCUUUCUGAAGAAAUUUUGGAUUCCAAAUAUACCCGAAGAGAACGAUAUCAAUUCCGUAAAGAGUUGGCAAGGGAAUUUGAACGUAUCGUACGUGAAGAUGCCGUUCCUGCUGAAUCAACGUCUGAAUUCGAUCCUCCGCUCGAACAACCAAAUUUUGUUUCUGUGUAG